CCAACUAUUUAAAGUAGGAAUUUAAUCCAGCACUAUAGAACUGAGACGCACAUAAUCAUGUUAUUGCUGAGUUGAAUAUUUGUGACCUCGCCAUUAACGAGUUAUUGUUUAAAAUAGAGAAAGAAUUUGGAUACAUAUUGCCUCUCAGAGUCAGAGAAGAGAUUUAAAGAGAAAUUUGGCCUAGAUCCCAGCCUCAAAGGCGGCCCAAAAUUAUGUAGGAUCCCAGUAUGCCAUAUUAAAAAAGCGUGUGAAAGAAUAACAUAUGAAUGACUGAAUCCAAGGAAGAUGAUGAUAUGAUGUCCCAGGCUCAGGACAGCGACGUAAUAGCUGCGUCGAAAAUUGAACAACUCAAGCCUGUUAUUAAUAUUGUUAAAAAAAGGUGGGCUGAAGAGGAACGCCGAGUGAAAGAUAUUCAAAACGAAGAGUGUGACGAUGGUAUUAAAAGAAAGAAAGAAUCAAGUGGAGGAAGGUAUUUCGGUGAGGUAACAGAAAAACUGCAAUUUUGGGACGAAAUAAGAAAGCAAGUUGAAAGUGGUGAAAAUAAAGAGGAUCAUUGGAAGAGGGCAAUUUUUUGGCGUGCCUUUCAGUUUUGGCCGGUAGAUCAAAAUAUUUUUAAAUAUUUAGUUUACCAUGGAGCAGACAUUUAUUCCACGAACGAAGAAGGUAAAACAGUUUUAUGCAUUGUGACAAAGAGCGGUUCAUUGGAUCUUGUUAAAUAUUUAGUUAAAUAUGGCCCUGAACAUAAUUUUCAAGACGAUUACACAGCUCUACUGAGCGCAAUACAGUCUGGAUCAUUAGGAAUUGUAAAAUAUUUCGUUGAAGAGUGUCGUGCUGAUAUAAAUUGUAAAGACGAGUUUGGAAAAACCGUUUUACAUCAUGCUGUUGAUGCUGGUGUUACAGACAUUGUCAAGUAUUUAGUUGAACGUGGCGCUGAUGUAAAUGGCUGGGUGAAUUUUUUUGGGUCAGUGCUACAUGCCGCUAUUUCUAGAGAUAAGCUGGAAAUUGUAAAAUAUCUUGUUGAAAAUGGUGCAGAUGUAAAUGGCAAGGAUACUGUAGAGUGUGCGGUGCUGGACAAAGCUGUUAGUAAAGGUCAUUUAGCAAUGGUAAAAUAUCUUGUUGAAAAGGGCGCAUCUGUAAAUAGUGAGGAUUCCUACGGGUGGACAGCGCUGCACACUGCUGUUACGGAAGGAUCGCUAGAAAUUGUGGUAUAUCUUGUUAAAAAGGGCGCUGAUCUAACUGGCAAGGACGCUGACGGGAGGACAGUGCUACACUAUGCUGUUACUAAAGGUGAUCUAGAAAUGGUGAAAUGUCUUGUUGAGCUAGACGCUAAUCUAAAUGGCAAAAAGACUGACUGGGGGACAGCGCUACACUAUGCAGUUACUAAAGACGCUUUAGAAAUGGUAAGAUAUCUUGUUGAAAUGGGCGCUGAUGUUAAUUGCAAGGAUACUAACGGCUGGACGGUGCUGCACUAUGCCAUUACUAAAAAUACGAUAGAAGUGAUAAAAUAUCUCAUUGAACAGGGCGCCGAUGUAAAUGGAAAGGAUACUGACGGGUGGACAGUGCUGCACGGUGCAGUUAGGGCUGGCGUACUGGAUAUUGUCGAAUUCUUAGUUGAGCAGGGCGCUAAUGUAAAUGGAGAGAGCGCUUAUGGAUGGUCAGUCCUGCAUGCCGCUAUCGAUGCUCGUGCAUUAGAAAUUGUCCUGUAUUUAAUUGAACAGGGUGCUGAUAUAACUUUAGAAAGUAAAAUCGGCGUUCAUACUCUUGGCAUUGACGUCCUGAUGAUGGGUAUUGUGAAAAAUUCAUGUAUUUUGGUCAAUUUUCUUUUGGACAAGAACGUAGAGGUAUGGAGAGCUGGAACAUUUUUUGUUGAUGGAAGGCAAAUGAGUCCUCUUGAAUUAAGUAUUUAUCUUGGUCGUGAUGAGAUAUCAACCAUCCUGAAAAGGUCCGUAAAACAUCGGAAGAAUAUUGAGCUGUUACAAAAUAUGAAUCUCAACCAGUUAAUGCUGAUCGAAAUUCCGAUGCAGGCUUUUAUCGCAAAGAAUCAAUUCAAAAUUGGCGAUGGUGGUUUUUCCUCUGUCUAUCUUGGUGUCAUGAAAGAUGGAAGUGAAGUCGCUGUUAAAAGAAUUUUGGUACAAAGUGAGGAUAAAACAGUUGAAAAUGAAAAAGAAAUCAUGAGCCUUAUUGAAGCCGACAAGUCUCCAUUUAUAGUGAACUAUCGACAUUUUCACCGUGACGAUACCUUUAUGUAUCUUAUUAUUGAUCUUUGCGAAGAAAACUUAAGGGAAUAUGUUGAUGCAUGCAGUAUUGAACUUCUGCAAUUGCAUGGCCCCAGAAUGACUAAGGAAAUUUUAUCCGGACUUGAAUUUCUUCAUAGCAAAGGAAUAUUGCAUAGAGAUUUAAAGCCAUCAAACGUCCUGGUUGAUAUCGAAGGUCGCAUGAAAUUGGCAGACUUUGGAAUAAGCCGCGUUCUUAAUGACGAUGAAACGACAGUUGAAACAUUUGCUAAAGGUACUUCGGGAUGGAUGCCACCGGAAGUAAUUCGGGCAAUAGACAAAGACGAAAAAGGCCCUUUCAAAAAGAAAUCGGAUGUCCAUGUCGCGGGUAUUGUUGCUUUUUUCAUCUUAACUAAAAGUGAACACCCGUUUGGAUCCAAGUUCGAUCGAAUGAGAAAUAUUUUAGACGGAAACUCUGUGAGUUUGAAAAAACUUUGUGAUGUUAGAGCUCAAAAUUUUGUGUCCUGGCUUACAAAUUACAAGAUUGAUGAUAGACCUUAUGCUCACGAAGCGUUGAGAGAUCCUUUUGUUAAUGAAGAUUAAUACUAUAACCAUAAAAAUACAGAAAUUGCAGCAAGCCAAGCUUUUCGACCUGCCCUCUACGUUCCUCGCAGCGGCGAAAACCCUGUCUCAGGCUGGUCACGUGAUUCUUUUGUUACGUUCCUCCCUUGUAGGGAUGGCUGGAACACAAGUAGCACAUAAAUCCACGUGCUUCAUCAUUUAAUCAUCGUGCUUCUAAAGCUGGUUUUCCGGUUUUAAAGUCAUGAUAUCCCUUGCUUGUUUACAUUUCGCUAUCAGAAAAAAUUUACUUUUCUAUAUAAUAUUAACCAAAGCAAGUUAUUUGUUUGGAAAUUUGUUCUGCCGGUUCUCCAACAGGUUAUACGAAAUAGCUAAUAUAUCUACCUCGUACCCAGGCGCAGUGGCGGAUCCAGUGUAAGUCAGAAUAAAUUCCCACAGCUCUAACUUGCCACGAUAUUACCGUAGAUUUUUAUGUAAAAGUAUUCUUUAAAAAAAAGGACCCAAUGGCGUUGUUAUUAAGGUAUUUUUAAUUAGAAAUUGGGAUGUGUUAUUUAUUCUGACUUACCUUGAAUCCGCCACUGCCCAGGCGCUUUAGUAUUUAGGCUUUUUACAAGGGCUUUUUCUUAGCAUCGCAAUAUAUUAAGCUUAGAUAAAGAACCCCGCGAAAAAGCCCUUGUAAAAGGCCUAAAUGCUAAAGCGCCUUUAAAAACAGGUUUUGAAAGAGCGAGAAUUGUCGAGUCGAUUUGUACAAUUUGAUAAAUCGUACGGGUCGACGAAUAGACAUAGCCUCCUCUAUCGGCCAACACAGCAUGGCACAUUUCUCCGUAUCCACUACAAUUGUAUACGGCUCGAGCAAACUCGGUGGAAUCAAUGACACAUUUCUGUACGGGUCGAGUACUAUUUGACAAAUCGUAUGUGUCGAGAAGACAUUCAUUCAAUUCAACCAAAUUUACGAGUCGUGUAGGUCGUGUCUUUUUAACAGAGAUGAAUUUAUGGCCGUAUUAGGAGAUUUUGCGCUGUCACAUGGCCAGCCUAAACCUGGGUUUUCGCCAAUUUCGAAGCAGCGUGGGCCGUGGACCAUGCAUAAGUAUAGAAAAGUCAGGCUUGCGAGAUUAAUGGAUUAACAGCUCUCAUAUGCAUUAUGGACAUUUGCGUUGACCCAAGUUGAACUUUGAGCAUGACGUCCCAUUAUUAUACGGGGUGUAUAAAAAACAAGACCUUUAGAAAUUAAACUAUUGUUAUAAUUUAAAUGCCCCGUAACUACGCUAAGCACGUAAAAUAUUCUGCAAGUCUGCCGUUUUAUUCAAG